CGGAAUAGGUUGAUUCCUUUGUCUGGCGCUGUGAGUGAAGAACCCUUGAAUUACACGUAAACUUGAACGAAUAUUUACAGUACUUACAUACGAAAAUGUUCCGGAAAUCUAUAUUAUGCUGAGACGAUAAGGAGCAAUUUGCUGUUAACAGUUCUUGGUCUAAGACCACAUGAACAGAUUCAUUGCUGGCAAGAUCGAUAUAAGGCUUCGAAAAUUGCUUCCCACGGGAGUCCCGCCCGCGCCUACAUCGCUUACCACAAACUGGGAGCAAACAUGGAAGCGCAGACUGAGACGCCGCAGGGGGAGUGCGGCGCAGUGCACCCAUCCGUCUUCUAUCUUCUGGCGACGUUACUUCUCACCAGUUGUUCGACGGCCAUGCUAUGCGCAGCGCUCAUGACAGAGCACUGGGAACACGUCACCUGGGAGAAGUCAGCGCUGACAACACUUGCCAACGCUUCCAACACGGCUCUCCAGUGGCUGCUCGAUGAGAAAGUGGUUCAUAUAGAAGAUGUUAACAAUAAAAAGAGCAAAGGCACCUUCUUGGUACCAAUGAACGGCGGUAUUUGGACGAUGUGCCUAUCAUUAGAAGAGGAAGAAGUAUCAAUUCUGUCGAGGAUUGGUUUCCCCACAGAGCCGCUAUGCACCCAUUAUUUAGCUGACAACGAUAAUGAAGAACGUCGCGCCGACUGGCAACACCGUAUGCAGAACCUGUCGAUAUCUUGCGCGCUAGUGUGCCUCAUAGUGCUGGGCAGUGCAGCGCUGGUGGGGGCAUUCGGUGUAUGUAAGCAUCAAAUCAGCGCUGUUCUUGUGACUGGUGUUUUGUACCUAUUAGCUGGGCUGUUCGCAAUGUUUACAUUGAUGAUAAUACACUUUAAAAGAGUCCAGCGGGUGUCAAACCGCGACAGUCCCCUGGUCGACGACACCGCAGAUGGUGUAGUGGGCCCACAUGGACCGGCCUAUGCUCUACUCUCAGCCAGAGAGUUCACCACAUCUUGGUCUCUGGAACUUGGCUGGGGCGGCGUAGUACUCGCGACGACAACUUCGCUAUUUUGGAUCUUGCUGUCGAAAAUAAUGCGAUAUAAUCCUCUGUUCUCAAUGUUGCUGUAAAUCUAUGAAAAAUUCAGAAAUAUUGGCUAUUUUCAAUGAGGUUCUAUACAAAGAACUUCAUUGGCUAAUUUACUGAUUAUUUUUAACACAGAGGCUGAGAUCUACCAUACUUAAGUACGCUCAGUCUCAGCAAAGUCUAAGCUUUGCUUAGACUUAGCAAGCUUAACAAAAUCAUUGAUCUCGUUAUUAAGGUCACUUGACAGGUGACAUUAUGCUGAGCUUAAAGGUACGGACAGACGUGCUCAAAAAAAGCGUGCUUUUAAGUAUGCUUAAAGUUAGCAUGCUCAUGCAACUGUUCACAUUUGCCAGCAAUAAGCAUGCUUGCUUAAGCAUACUCACAAAAAAGCAUGCUCAAAGCAAACGUACCGGACAGACGUGCUACUAUUUGGCACCAGGAUCUUGGACAAAAUGGAUGUACAAAGAUAUAGUGACAGUGAUAUCCAUACAGAACUCAAUAAAAUAGUCAUAGUCGCCCGCCGCGGAUCGAGAUCAAAUCGAUAAUAGCAUGCUAAUAAGCAAACCUGUUCAGACGCGCUCGGAGCACGCCCCCUUCUACCCGCGCCUCAGGUAGCAUGCUCAAAAAUCAAACGUUGUCUGAUUUUUAAGCACGCUCUAAAUAAGUAUACUCAUUACAGUACACACGUGCUACUAAUGAGCACAUGCUCAAUAAAAGCAUGCUUUCGUGCUAGUAAUGAGCACGUCUGUCCGUACCUGCCACUGGCCUGUAUAAUUUAGUAGAGGUCAAUGGCUUGAGCAAAGACAGCCCAAUACAAAAGUCAAGUUCGCAUUUUUUUUUUGCACUGAGCUAAAUUAAAGUCUAAGGUUGAGGUCUAUAGAGCGUAAAGACUUUACUCACGUCAAACUUAGCUGAGUGAAUAAUAGCAUAAUCUUUGAUUUCGUUCUUAUAGUCAUUUCACCGCUGAGCUUAACUUAAACAUCCCAAUGCAAAAUACUAUGCACUCAGCUAAGUUAUACACGUAUGUAAAGUUGAUAUGCUGUAUAGAUACGGCUUGAAAUAUUAAGCACUUUAAUUAACAGCACUGCGAAUUAAUUUUGUACCAAUUGUUUCUUCUCGCUUUUUGAUUGUAUAUAAUUUGUGUUUGCUCGUGUUUUAUAAUAAUAUUGUUUUUGGCUUUCGUUUGAUAAAUGUAAGGACACGACGUGUUACAUAGAUAAACUGUUUUAUACAAAAUAGUGAGAAGAUUAAUCCAAUCCAAACAAACAACUGAUCUGUAAGCUAUUCCACUUACUUGUCGAUAGAUUUUUAUGUCAAAAAAAAGAAUAUUUUAUGGUCAGUGAGCUAAGAAUUGUUUUUAUUUUAUACUUUACAUUUUAAGGCUGGGUUGCAUUAACUAACUUUAGCAAUAACAAACAUGUUAAAGUACCGGCUAAGCAAAAAAUGUGUUGCCAUAUUUGACAAUUUUUACAUGACGUCAUAAGUUUAACUGUUAACCGUAACCGUCCAAUCUUUGCCGGUUAAAGCUCUUGUUAAUGUUAAAAAGUGUCCUGUCAAAAGUUUCAAAUAAAUAUUCGAUAUUGAUAGGCUUAACCAUUUUUGCCAGUUAAAAAAUGGCCAUUUAAUAUUAGUUUUAUCACAAAAAAAAUACAUAACUGCAGAAUCAUCUGCAGUCGGAUCAUGAACUAUGACAUGUCACUUUUUGCAACACAUUCCGCAGUCUUUGUUAAAGUCAGCGUUACUGUUAACGUUAAAUUUAGCUUAAACUUUAACUAUAACAGCUAAUAUAAUGAUACCCAGCCAAGAGUGUAAAAAAUAUAGAACAAAAUUCCGAUUUAAAAUGACCACUCUCAAGAUUUCUUUAGUGCUCAAACAAAUGGCCGUUGUGUUCGCCCCUGAAGUAAAGUAAUCCUUGUUUUUUAUGAAAAUAAGGUUCGAGACGAGCAGGACGUUCAGGUGAUAGUAAUUGAUACGCCCUGCAUUACAAUGCAGUGCCGCUCAGGAUUCUUGGAAUACCCAAAUAAUCUGAGCGGCACUACAACUGCGCUCGUCACCUUGAGACAUAAAAUGUUAAGUAUUAUUUGCCCAGUAAUUUCACUAGCUGCGGCAUCCUUCAGAUUCAAACACAAUAAUGAUUACAAAUUACUGUAACGACAAAUUACUCACGACAGAAAGAGGCGCCGUUGCGGUACUUCAUAAUCUAGCCGGCAUCCUGUGCAAAGGAGCCUCCCACUGUGUGCAAGGAAUUGUGAUAGCUCGUCAAUUAGAUAUAUUACAAUAGGUACUUAUUCAGAAGAGAUAUACUUACCGUUUCAUUGCAAUGAUUGUAAUAAUUAUAGUAUAAUAUACCUAUUGUUCAUAUUAUUUAUUUAUUUAUUUAUUUAUAUUGUUGGAGAAUCUACAACUGAAUACUUUACAAUAGUCACGUGAUAAAAUAACAGAAAGCCAUUUACAGAUUCCCACGAGUAGCUAUAUAAAAUAGCUCGACCACCAAUGGAAAAUUGCUUAAUGGAAUCAGAGCUGCUACAGAAUAAGUCAAGAUCGAACUGUUUCGAUAAUUUGUUAAAGUUAUUGCUGACACGUACGAUGAGUUAUUGAGUUGAUUAUAAACCGCUUUGCGAUUUUUUGUACCAAAAUGUAAUGUCGAAGCUAUUAUUUAAAGGAUGAGGCUUUUUAUAACAAGGGGUAUACCACAUCCAUACAUUACGUCGCACUUUUCUUGGUCCAACCAAAUUCGACAUUGUGAUUCAAGUAACAGGGGGAUGAUAAUAGCUUUGUGUCGUCAAAUUAUGUUUAAGAAUGUUAAAAUAAUUGUUUAACUUAUAUGUUAAGCACUGCAAAAUUAUUUAAUUGCCAUUAUAUUAUAAUUUUAUUUACAUUGCCAAUGUUUAUGGUAGCAAUAGACAUGGGGAAUUAUAAAUAUUUAACUAUCUAAUUCUGUGUCUAGAGAAUACCAGCGUUGAGAAGUAAAAUUCCCAACAUAAUGUUGACUAGACACCAUUUUGGUUCUGUAAUGUCCAUAAUAUUGUUAUUAGUUUAAAGAUUUCUGUAUUUUUUAACCAAAUUAAUCUUUUAAUUAUUAUUAUUAUUAAAUAAUAUAGCAUUAUUAAUUAAUGCGUAAAUAAGAAGGUACAAAGAGAACAUACUUAGAUAAUUUAUGCGUCUAGAUAGGGUUGAAAUAACUACCGGCGAACAAUGACCAUCAAAUUUCAGCAGCGCACACACACCACAAUGUGACACGUAUAUGUCAUACACACUAAAGUAAUAAACCUGGCCUUUUCUCAUGCGUUGCGUAACAACAAGAGUUCUAUCUAGACGUAUAAAUUAUCUCAUAUACCUUUAAUGGAACUAUUAUGCACAAAAUAAGCAACGAAGUCAUCUUUAUCUAUUGUCAUAUUUAAUAAAGAUUAAGAAUGUGUUGUAAGUGUUCUGGUGCUUUUUGAUUAUGGUAUGUCUUAGCAUAGUAGGUAAAUAGAUUAUAAUUAUA